CCAAAUUCCCCAGAUCCUAGAAAUCCAGCCCUUCGGCCCUCCAGAGGCGUCUUUCUCAACGUAAAGCACAAUUUGAAACAUAAGCUCCUGAUUAAACAGUGAUUCCAUAGGCAACUGCGAGGGAGCCUGGACACCCCUGGGCCUAGAGAAGGGCGCAAAGGAGCAGCUUCGAAAAGGGCUAUUUCCCCCGCCGGGAACCAGGACUCUACCCCGGCCAGCGCGCGACCCGCCGGAGCGUCGCGGCCCGCGGGCAGUUCUUAGACAGACUGUGUUUGACUUGGGAUCUGCUUUUUGCUUCAUUCAGUCAGCUCUGCGGGGUUCUAAGAGCAACAUUUCUAGUUUCCCAGAAUGGAGAUCUCCUCUCAUCAGUCUCACCUCCUGCAGCAACUGAAUGAGCAGCGCAGGCAAGACGUAUUUUGUGACUGCAGCAUUUUAGUUGAAGACAAGGUCUUCAAGGCACACCGGAAUGUGUUGUUUGCCAGUAGUGGCUACUUUAAAAUGUUUCUUUCCCAGAAUUCAAAGGAGACAAGUCAGUCAACCACAGCUACAUUUCAGGCUUUCUCCCCUGACACAUUUACUGUGAUCCUGGACUUUGUCUAUUCCGGCAAACUCUCUCUUACUGGUCAGAAUGUCAUAGAAGUGAUGUCAGCUGCUAGCUUCCUUCAGAUGACUGAUGUCAUUAGUGUAUGUAAGACUUUUAUUAAAUCUUCUCUAGACAUCAGUGAGAAGGAAAAGGAUCGUUAUUUCAGUCUCUCUGAUAAAGGUGCUAAUUCAAAUGGUAUAGAACGCUCUUCUUUUUAUAGCAGUGGCUGGCAAGAAGAAAGCAAUUCUCCACAUCCUCACCUAAGCCCGGAUCAAGGACCAAGUAUAAUAAGUGGAAAGUCUUGGAGUAAAUAUAAUUAUCAUCCAGGAUCCCAAAGGAAUACUCAACAAGCUUUGGCCAAGAAUGAACAAAGGAAAGAUCCCAUUAAAAAGUCCAGACAGUUGAGAUUAUCACAGACUUCUGAAGUUUCUCAUUAUAAACCAAACAAACAGAACACACAAACAUCUGAUUCUUCCAGCCACAUCUCCCAGUCAGAAGAACAAAUACACCCUAAUACUGAAAUGGACUCUACUCCGAUUGCUUAUCAGUAUGGUGGUCAAGGACCGGAUAUUACAUCCCGAAGUUUUCCAGAUGACCUGCCCAGGAUGCGAUUCAAGUGCCCGUACUGCACACACGUGGUAAAGCGGAAAGCGGACCUCAAACGCCACCUUCGCUGUCAUACGGGAGAAAGGCCUUAUCCAUGUCAAGCUUGUGGGAAAAGAUUCAGCAGACUAGACCAUCUAAGUAGCCAUUUUCGAACAAUUCACCAGGCAUGCAAAUUAAUCUGCAGGAAAUGUAAACGUCAUGUGACAGAUCUGACAGGACAAGUGGUACAGGAAGGAACCAGGCGCUACAGACUCUGUAAUGAGUGCCUUGCUGAAGUUGGCGCAGACAGCCUCCCCAUUGAUUUAGAAGCUGAACAGCAUCUUAUGUCCCCGUCUGAUGGAGAGAAGGAUUCCAGAUGGCACUUGAGUGAAGAUGAGAACAGAUCAUAUGUGGAAAUUGUAGAGGAUGGGUCUGCUGAUCUGGUCAUACAACAGGUUGAUGAUAGUGAAGAAGAAGAGGAAAAAGAAGUAAAGCCCAACAUUAGGUAGCUGUGAUAUGAACCAAUAAUUGGCAUCUGCAACUUUCUUCCUGUGUCUCUCAUUCCAUGGCCAGAGUCUGGUUAGCAAGCUUAUCAGUCAGGCUGGCUUAAAAAUGGUGACCUUGCAUGCUUUCUGAACUGGCCAUUAUAUUCAUUCUGAAUUUUGCUGCCCUAAAAUGUGCUGCACUGUAAAGAAAGACCUCCCUGGAUUUGAUACGACAGAUAAGUAACUAAUCCUCUUGGUUUUAUCACAGAGAUACUUUUUCUUUUUAAUAUUGGAAAGUCUACAUAGCAAACAUUUUUCAAAGGAUAUAUAUUUUAAAUAAAGUUACGACUGAACUUUAUAUAAUUUCAAGAUCUUUCAAAAAUGCAUGAACCACCAAUAUCAAAAUUUCACGGGGAACCAAGAAAAAGCUCAUUUCAGAGUCUAGCAAAUCCACCUGAGUAAACCAACAGGUCUGUUAACUUCAGGUCUAAAGCAACAUACCACUGUCCCAAAAUCCCGCAACUGGCAGAAAACCAAUCUAAAACAUCUGAAGUCCUCCAUUUUUAUGUUUUGUCAAAUUAAAAAUUACUUUUAUGUUAUCAGUAUUAAAAACAAAAACCUUGAAGCUGACAAGAAAUUAUUUACAGGCAUAAUUUUCUUAAUGCACAGAAAUUAAUACUGCCUGAAAGUCAGAAUAGUCUUUGAAGAUAAUCUGUUGAUAUAAUCUUUUCUCCCUUAAGAAAACUUGAGGUUCUUAAAGAAUUAUUUAAAAGAUGUUAAUUUAUUAUUAGAAAGAGGAACAUGGGGGCCUGGUGGUGGUGCACUGGGUUAAGUGCACAUAGGACAAAGUGUAAGGACUCCCUCAAGGAUCCAGAGUUCAAGGCCCCUGCGUUGCUUCACAAGUGGUGAAGCAGGUCUGCAGGUGUCUUCUGUCUCUCUUUUUUCUUUUUACCAGAGCACUGCUUAGCUCUGGCUGAUGGUGGUACAGGGGAUUGAACCUGGGACACUGGAGCCUCAGGCAUGAGAGUGACUUUGUAUAACCAUUAUGCUAUCUACCCCUGCCCCUCACUUCCCCUCCCUAUCAUCACCUCCCCUCACAAUUUCUUAUGAAAAAAAUUUUUUAAAUGACCUCCAGGAGCAGUGGAUUCGUAAUGUAAGCACCAAGCCCCAGCGAUAACUCUGGAAACAAACAAACAAAAAAAAAAAACAAAAAAGGAGAUUAUUUGGUAUAUGCGGUGUUAGGGCUUAAAUUUGGAACCUCAUAUUUGAGAAUCCAGUGCUUUCUUUAUCCACUAUGCCACCUCCCAGAAUGCUCUUAGCAAUUCCCAAGAAUAAUCUCUUAACUUUUGUGUAUCAGUAUAUCUUUUUUUUUUUCUUUAAUUGCUAAUUAUCACUGGGCCUUGCUGCUGCACUAUGAAUCCACCACUACCUGUGGCCAUUUUUUCCUUCUUCCUUUUUUUUUUUUUUUAUCCUGUUUUUAUUGAAUAGGACAGAGAAGAAUUGAGAGGGGAAGGGAGGUAAAGAGGGAGACAGAAAGAUAGGCACCAGCAGACCUGCUUCACCACUUGUGAAGUGUUCCCCCUGCUGGGGUUGGGGGAGCAGGUUAACCCGGUGUGCCACCACCCACCACCCCUCCCCCAGUAUGUCAUUUAUAUAAUACUUUCAGACAUUUUCUCACUUAACAAGGUUGGCAUCUCUAAUUUAAAAUUUUACUUUAAAAAAUAAAAUUUUAAACUAUUUGUUCAGAUAAAAUAGAACCCUGAUUAAAAUAAAGUUUUAAGUGGUGGAAUUGAUGACUGGUCAUGUUUGGAUUUUAAACAGUUCUCUUUCAGCUGUCUGUCUCCUAAAGUGGCGUAGAAUGGAAGUCACACCUCCCCCAAUAAAUAAACUUAUCAGAAGUGGAAAGUUGAAAGAGGGAUUUAAUUUUCAACAGUGCUCAACCUCGUGAACUGUGGUUAUGCAAAUAGCGCUAUGUCCCCACAGUGCCUAUUGGCAUCUUAGUAUAUCAUUGGUUAUAUGUAAAUUUCAUAUAAGUCAUUGUAUCUUUAAGCAUUUCUGUUUAUCUUGUUUAUCAAAAAUGAAUUUUCUCUCACGGGAUACAAAGCGUAAACUGGUCUCCUAUAUGAAUUAUUAAACAUUCCAAAAUUAGUUAAAUUGGAAAAGCAUUAUUUUAAUUUUACAGAUAAAAAUCUAAAUACUAGAAGUAAGGAACUGAGCAUCAUAAAGGUCUCAGCAAGUUAUUUCAAGCAAUUUUGAUAUAAUUUACCCUUAAUAGAGGUUCCUUGUAUUCUUUAUUU